CGUUUAUGACGUCAGACGCAAUCAGUCCAGAACAAAGAUGGCGGCGUCCUUUAGAGUUGUCAUGAGGGGAGCGUUUCAGUGCGCGGCUCCGACCCGCAAGUACGUGUGUGGAGACCGCGUUACCUUCUCCCCGAGCUCGGCAGGAGGGUGGACAUGGCGGAGCUACACCUCAGCGUCGGGAGGGAAAAGCGUCCAUUUCGGGUUCGAGGCGGUGACAGAGGAGGAGAAAGCAGAAAGAGUGUAUAAAGUGUUUGAAAGCGUGGCUCAGAAGUAUGACGUGAUGAACGACGCGAUGAGUCUGGGCAUCCAUCGGCUGUGGAAGGACACACUGCUGCGUGUGAUGAAUCCUCAGCCUGGGUUACGCCUGCUGGACACGGCUGGAGGCACCGGCGACAUCUCGUUCCGUUUCCUGAAUUACACGCGUUCGGUGCGUGACAGACAGCUGCGUCGCAGAGCGCGGGCCAAUCAGACACCUUCGUGGCAGGACAUCUCCAGCGGUUACGGCUCGGAGAGAGUGGAGCUUCCAGAAUCUCAUGCGGUGGUGUGUGACAUCAAUAAAGAAAUGCUGAAGGUGGGGAAAGAGCGGGCGGAGAACGCAGGAGUCACCUCAGGUUUGUCGUGGGUGGUGGGUGACGCAGAGGAGCUUCCAUUCGACGACGAUAAGUUUGAUCUUUACACCAUCGCGUUCGGCAUCCGGAACGUCACUCACAUUGAGCAAGCCCUUCAGGAAGCUCUGCGUGUGCUCAGACCAGGUGGACGCUUCCUGUGUUUAGAGUUCAGUAAAGUGUCGAAUCCUCUUCUCUCCAGGCUCUAUGAUGCCUACAGUUUCCAGAUGAUUCCAGUUCUAGGUGAGGUGAUUGCAGGGGACUGGAAGUCGUAUCAGUAUCUGGUGGAGAGCAUCCGCAAGUUUCCAGACCAGGAAACAUUUAAAGAAAUGAUCGAGGACGUGGGUUUCGCGCGAGCGCAGUACACUAAUCUCAGCGGAGGAAUCGUCGCUCUCCAUUCAGGGUUCAAGCUUUGAUGGGUGUCUUGCACAUAAACACACACACACACACACACACACACACACACACACACACACACAGAGAUGGAGCGUUCCAUGUACACACAGAGGGGAUACAAGCUGAUGAUUCCUGAGAGAAAAACUCUGCGUGGACAAGUUCUGCAAACAUUAUGGACACAAUGCUAUAUGUGCAAUCGAGUAAUGCAGAACCUCCACAGAAAUCAUGACCAUUUACAGAUCAUGUUUAAAAGAUAAACUUGGUCAGAAAUGAAACGUAUCUCAGUGUGAAGCUUCAGUUUGUUCCUGAAGGAUGCGUAAGGCUGAGAAAAAGACGUCUACAGCUCCCGGGUUGGUGCUCAGCUCUGAGAACUGAAAGACGCUGAGUUGUUAAAAUACACACAAAACCUGAUAGAAUUUUUUUCAUUAAAAUAUUAUAUUAACAUAAA